UUUUCAAGGUCAGUUCAUCCUCCGUUCUUGAUACUUCUUGUAUACUUUGCUUAGUCAACCUUAGAUUUAGUGUGAGUGGCCUUAGGCCCCUUCUUCCUUUUCCCAGUUCGAUCUUUCUAUAUUCCCGAAGGAUGUCGUCUCCCAGUGACCCACAAAACAUCUCUGAGCAGCCUUCGGUUGAGCAAGAGACUUGGACUGGCGAAGGGGCGCAAAGUUCUGAGGCCUCUCCCAACAAUGAUUCCGCUAUUUCACGGGAGGUGCAAAAGGACCUUGUAGCCGAGGCCGAGGCUGAAGAUUUUGAGCAAGUGGCAAUCAAGGACCCGACCCUUCUGGAGGAUCUGUACAACCUGGGCUUCCAGUGCUACCGUUUCCUGGGGGAAAGGGAUGAAAAGUACCCCCUCAUUGAUCGCACCUUCGAGAACACAGGAGGUGGUUCCCGGAGGCUCUAGCCUGUUGUACUUACAAAAUUUUUGUAGUUUAAUUCUUGAUGUUGUCUUGACCCUUCGUCUUUACUGAUCUGCGUUGUCUUGCAGGUGCCAAUAUGGAUGUGAGAAACUUCGCUGGUUUCAAGAAGAAGUUGGCCAAAGAGUCAAACAAGAAGGAGACGGGAACUCAGAAACCCGUCGAUGAGUUCUUGCCGAGGGAAGCUGAGCCCUCAUCGGCUGUCCCUGCUGAUGCCGAGGCCGGAGGCAUCCAAGCUGCUGCCGCUGCUACAAAGAGGAAGGCGAUGGGCAAAGGUGUUGUGCCCGUCGGCAAGAAGCCGAAGAAAGGGGAUGCUGGGAAGAAAGCUCCCCUGGUCCUGAUUGUGGAUGAGCACUCCUCCUCCGAGCCUCCUGUUGGGGUGAUGACGGUUCCUUCCAACCCCCCUCCGGCUCAGUUGGAUGAGGGGGGCUUCCCUCGGGAGAAUGUGCAAUUCUCCCUCGUAAAGGGAACUACUAUCAUGCAUGGCACUGUGGACCCCAUGGAGUUCCUGAGGGGUGCCACCCCUGAGCUGGACAGGGCAGCCCUGAGCCGACUUGAUGAUGAGACCCUCGACUCUAAGAUUCUCCGGUCUUCUCUUACUGCUUGCAUUGCCCUCGGCAAGCAGGUUCAAAGGGUGGAAGAGUCGCGCCUUCAGAAGGCGCAACAGGACGAGACUUUGACGAAGCUCGUCCAUGACAAUGCUGCCGCCGUUCGGGAGAUGGCGAGGCUGGAGGAGACCCUUCGGCAAGAAAGGGUUGAAGCUAAAAAGGCCGAUGCGGGCAUCGGGGGCAGCCUUCUGGAUGUGCUGACGGAGGUCAGUAGCGGCCUGCUCCAUUUCGACAAUAGUGUCGCCCUCGGGAAUCCGGUAGGAGGCCUCAGCCCCGUUGGUUUCGCCGAUGGCUACGUGGUUGUCCUCCAUGGUCUUGGAUUAACCACGAGUUCUUCCCGUUUUGGUAGGUGUUUUGUGUCUGGUGAAGGGGAGGGUUUCUUACUCGAUUGUUCGGACCUCUCAACGAGAGCACCAAAUGUUGGAUAGUGUACCCGGGGGUAGCUUAUCUGAAGGGUUAUUUCAGGGAAUAACCUAGAGAGAGGUCAGAGCAAGUAAGAGAGAGAGAGAGAGAGAGUCAAAUGUAUUCAAUGAACUCAGCGUGCUUUACAAGGUGAAUAAGGGCUGCAGUGUUUUGGGCCUCAUGCACUUCUUGGGCCUGUUGGGCCUGUGUUGGAGUAGUAGGAUCAUGUGGACCGGGGGUCCCUGGGCCAUAUACUCCAUCAGUACCCUUUAUCAACUAGCGAGUUGUCUUCGUAGUAUUAUACGUAGUAUAUGCAUGAUGAAUUAACUUCAAUUCUUUUUUAUUUUGUUAUGAUGCAGUCAGGGGCUGUUUACUUUUGACUUAAUGGUCAGAAUGAUAACCGUGACUUAUUCGGACAGCUAUAUAUUCGUGUUUACUUAGAACUUAAUUUAAAA